GCAGGUGACGGGAUCAGCAACAAAACGACAAAAUACUGUAGUCAACAUUCAUUCUUCCUCUGAUUAGUCGCCAUGUGUCAUAGAUGGACUUCCUGCAAAUAUCUUAAUGGGCAUCUUUUCCUUCCUUGCCUCUGUUUUUUCUUGCCCUGCCUUCUUUCUUGUUCUUCAAUCUCUUAAGAUCCCAUAGAAGAGGCAACUUUCUUGAAAGAAUGAAGGUUACUAGGAGCAAAAGGGCUGCAACAAAGGAUAAAAAUGAAGCAGUAAAGCCCACUCAAGACAGGACGGUUGGAAAGCGGAAGGCAGCUAUCCAAGCUGAUAAGAUUAUCAAGAAGCAAGUGAAGAAAGACCCUAACAAACCCAAGAGACCUCCUACUGCUUUCUUUGUGUUUCUAGAAGAGUUCAGAAAGAUCUACAAACAAGAACAUCCAAAAGUGAAGGCUGUCUCAGCUGUGGGCAAAGCUGGGGGAGAGAAGUGGAAGUCCAUGUCUGAUGCAGAAAAAGCUCCAUAUGAAGCAAAAUCAGCAAAAUUGAAAGGAGAAUAUCAGAAGCUUAUGACAGCAUACAACAAAAGACAGGAAAGUACCGAUGAUGAUGAAGAAGAAGAAGGAUCGGAGAAGUCAAAAUCUAAAACACAUGACAAAGAUUAUGAGGACAGUGAAGAGGAGGAUGAAGAGGAUGAGGAGAAGGACUGAGUCUGUCAUGGUAACUGAUUCAUUCCUGCAAAAGAACAGAGCUUGUAUGAUAGGAUCUAUGUAGUUGGCUUUCUAAGGAGAGAAAAUAUAGUUUCUGUCUGUUGUUAAUUAGUCCGUUGAGGUUACUUCCUAUGUUCAGUAUGUAUUUCAGCUUUGUUUGAUAAAGUACUAGAAUAUGGGAUUGUUGUUCUCAGCUUUGCUUGAUUAACAAAUGCUCAAAUUUGAGGUCUUUUCUCAGAGGCAAGCAACUUGCUUUCCAAAGUAAAGUUGGGCCCAACUC